AUGAAUAAUACGUUAUAUUUCUACGAUAUAAAAUUCUGUUUCAGGGAAUAUGAGAAGAUAUGUGAGACGUUCCUCUGGAAAGAUAUAUAUAUAGGAGGCCGUGAGCUUGGGGCAGCAAUUUCGGCCUCCCAGUAUGAAAUUAUUGAAACGCUCAUCAACCGUGGCGUGAGCAAAGAGCAAGACAAAAGGGACAGUGUUUCGCCGCUUAUCUGCGCUAUCAGGACUGGAACCUUGAGGAUCCUGACAUUAUUCUAUGAAGAAGGGCCGAAGCGUCCCUCCUUGAUAUAUAACCCCGGGAUACUGCACUCGCCUUCAGCAUAUGCCGCGGCUCUUGCUGUUGGGGUUCCCGAGAUUGUGGAAUAUCUGGAGGUUUGUAUAGACCGUGACGGCGGCGGCCCUCAAACAACGGAGAGUGCUACUGAUGCCGACAAGGCUCGCAACGUUCUGGGGAGUAUGUCAAAUAUUUAUCACCAGGACGGGUACAUUCCAAAGGCAGAAGAGACUCAAGCCAAGUGCACGCUCGUCCACCAAAUUGCGUUGCAUCUCUUACCCUCAGCAGGGGGAGAUCUUGAGUUGGGUCGGAUCUGCAAGUUGGUCGAAAAAGCCCCAGAGAUACAGACUAUGGACCUGUUAGGAAAGGCCUUGCCACCCCUUCUUCGCACGAUCAGGGAAGAGGCUGAUCCUCAAAAGAGAGCAUUUUUCUUGGAGACUUUGGAGGUUGUCAUUAAUGAUCAAAUCGCAAGUCAGCUAAGCAAACUUAGAGAGCGACAACCAUCAGUGGCUGAUGAGGUGGAUCAGAGGACAGGCAAGCUCGAUAAGGCUUUGAGCCAUCUUUGGUUUGUGGCAAGGGAAAACAUCGAUAAUGACGAGAUGGACAGAGUCAUGAUGGUCAUUUCGCGCCUUCUUCGAUUCUAG